ACUUCUUACCAAAAAUCAGCCAAGCAAAACUUUUUGGGAUUUUGAUUAUUUGAUCCCCAUUUUUGGAGAUUUUCAUGUAAAUUUUUUUUUUCCCCUCAUUUGGGAUUUCUGUGGCUUGACUCUUGAGAGAAGAAACUACUCUCUCCAAAUCAUACUUAGUUUAUAAUUUGAUCAGAGAAACCAUGACAAUAAUUGAUGAGAAACAGAGAGAUGAUGCAAGGCAGAAGGAGAUUGAUGAUUGGCUUCCAAUUACUGGUAAUAGGAAUGCAAAAUGGUGGCACUCUGCUUUCCAUAAUGUCACUGCCAUGGUUGGAGCAGGUGUUCUUGGUCUUCCUUUUGCAAUGUCUGAGCUUGGAUGGGGUCCUGGUGUGACUAUAAUGGUUCUUUCAUGGAUCAUCACCUUAUACACUCUAUGGCAAAUGGUUGAAAUGCACGAAAUGGUACCCGGAAAGCGGUUUGAUCGGUACCAUGAACUAGGGCAACAUGCAUUUGGUGAGAAGCUAGGACUCUGGAUUGUAGUUCCCCAGCAACUAGUUGUGGAAGUUGGUACAGACAUUGUCUAUAUGGUUACUGGAGGAAAAUCAUUGAAGAAGGUUCAUGAAUUGCUCUGUGUCAAUUGCAAACACAUCAGGACUACCUACUGGAUCAUGAUCUUUGCUUCGGUUCAUUUCGUCCUCUCUCACAUCCCCAACUUCAAUUCUCUUGCCAGCGUUUCGCUGUCCGCUGCAGUAAUGUCUGUGAGUUACUCAGUAAUUGCUUGGGCAGCAACAAUAGACAAGGGCAUUGAACAUGAUGUGGACUAUUCCUACAAGGCUUCAACUUCACAAGGAAAAGCAUUUGCAUUUCUAAGUGCAUUAGGUGAUGUAGCUUUUGCAUAUGCUGGCCACAAUGUAGUGCUGGAGAUUCAAGCCACAAUUCCAUCAACUCCUGAGCUUCCUUCCAAGAAACCAAUGUGGAAAGGAGUGGUCUUUGCCUACAUAAUCGUCGCGUUGUGCUACUUCCCUGUUUCCAUGAUCGGAUACUGGUUUUAUGGUAACAGUGUCGAUGACAACAUCCUCAUAUCACUGGAGAAACCAGCUUGGCUUAUUGCUGUGGCCAACUUGUUUGUUGUUGUCCAUGUCAUUGGCAGCUACCAGGUUUAUGCAAUGCCAGUGUUUGAUAUGCUAGAGACUUUCUUGGUGAAGAAAUUGAAGUUCAGGCCUAGCUUCAUCCUUCGAUUCGUCGCUCGAAAUCUGUAUGUUGCAUUCACAAUGUUCGUCGGCAUAUGUUUCCCUUUCUUCGGAGGCCUUCUUGGAUUCUUCGGAGGAUUUGCCUUCGCCCCAACGACAUACUUUAUUCCUUGCGUUAUGUGGCUUAUCCUAUACAAACCCAGGAGGUUCAGUCUGUCUUGGAUUAUCAAUUGGAUCUGCAUUGUGUUGGGUGUCUUGUUGAUGGUUCUAUCGCCCAUUGGCGCACUUCGACAGAUCAUUAUUCAAGCCAAGGAUUUCGAGUUCUUCUCAUAGACAAUAUCACAAACACCCUUUGAGCAUUUUAGACAGAUCAUUAUUCUAGCCAAGGAUUACAAGUUCUUCUCAUAGACAUAUCACAAACACCCUUUGAGUAUGUUACCAGCUGUAGUUUUUUAAGUUAGAUACUGCUCUGAAAAGAUACUCAAAACCUAUUCGAUAGAAUAAUAGCUAGUUUGUUGGUGCAAGUUCUUGUGAAAAUGUACGGGUUUUUUUCCUGUAAAAAGACCAGAAUGCAAGAAGGGAAAAUGUAUGGUUUAGAGGUAUACUUUACUUCUCUAGCUUUCAUUACACCAAGAU